CGCUUUCCACGAACCGUCGGCGGCAUCAUUCCCGAUCACUCCCCACUCGGUUUCACCAAGCGAGCUCACUUCUCACAGUGUCUACUUCUCUAUCACCUUCUCUCGGCUUGCCGAUUCCGAACUCCUGUAGCUGUAGCUUGGAUCUUCCGAAACGUCCCGUUCUGUUACCGGCGCAUGCUCAACGGCUCGCCGGCGGCACUCGUCUCUGAUUGAUUAGGUAAGAGGUUGAGGGGGGUGGAGGAGAUUGGCCAAUUCAUACGAACGUGUCAUUUCUCGAGUUUCAGGUUUUUGGGAUGGACUAAGUUGGGAGACUGAUUGCUUAGGUGGGAACAAUAGUGAAGGAUUUUGUGGAUCAUGGAUUCAUCUUCGUCGGACCCGGGGAUGAAGCCUGAGUUAGGAGGAGCCGGGAGCAGCAGCGGCGGGGGAGAGAGUUCAGAAGCGGCCGUGGUUACUAACGAUCAGAUGUUGCUGUACAGAGGGUUGAAGAAAGCGAAGAAGGACAGGGGAUGUACUGCGAAAGAACGAAUCAGCAAGAUGCCUCCUUGUACUGCUGGGAAACGCAGUUCCAUUUACCGUGGAGUUACCAGGCAUAGAUGGACAGGUCGCUAUGAAGCUCAUCUUUGGGAUAAAAGUACAUGGAAUCAAAACCAGAAUAAGAAGGGAAAACAAGGUUAGAGUUCCAUAGGACCCUUUGUUCAAUUGGCUUGCUUUCAUAUUUGUUAAGACAUGUGCAGCUAUAAUAAGGAUUAAACUGAUUAGAUCUUCCUUUUCUGCCUGGAACUGUGUUUGCCACUCGAUGUGCCCAGUAUACUUAGGGGCAUAUGACGAGGAGGAGGCUGCAGCUAGAGCAUAUGACCUUGCUGCCUUGAAAUAUUGGGGUCCUGGCACACUCAUCAAUUUUCCUGUUUCAGAUUACACGAGAGAUCUUGAUGAAAUGCAGAAUGUCUCCCGGGAGGAAUACCUAGCUUCUCUUCGAAGAAAGAGUAGUGGGUUUUCAAGAGGUAUCUCCAAAUAUCGUGGGCUUUCCAGGUAUUUUUUCUUCGUUUUCUUCAUUUGCAUGAUUGUCGGAUUCCCAGAAGAUUAAUUGAUAGUUGUAAGCAUAUUGACAAGAAGGACUAGUUGAUACAUCUCUAGUGCAUGCCAUGACUAGGUUUAUUGAAUAGUAGUUUUCAGUAUUUGUUUUGAAGAGUACACGGGCAGCUAAUUUCAUACUCUAGAGAGUGGAGACUUAUUGGCCACCUUCUGUUUCUUUCUCUUUUCCAUAUUUCUGGGGAUCAUGAAGUAAUCGAUGGGACUUGUCGAUUGGUCGUAUGACCGGACCUGGCCACUUCAGUAAUGUGAACUACGGUGAUAAUGUUGAGAAUGAAUACAUUGGCGGUUUUUGCAUGGAUAGAAAGAUCGAUCUAACAUCUUACAUCAAAUGGUGGGCUCCCAGUAGAAUCCGUCAAGUAGACUCCAUCUCCAGAUCAUCCGAGGACCCAAUGCAUAGCUCUUCAGACGAUGUUGCCCGAGAACUCAGAACCUUGGAGUGGGCAGUACGGCCUACUCAACCAUUCCAGAUGCCCCAGCUAGGGUUUUCUUCUGAACCAAAGAAGGAUAAAGUUUCGGCCUUGAGCCUUCUCUCACAGUCUGCUGCUUACAAACAGUUGCAAGACAAGGCAUCCAAAAGGACGGAAAAUAACGACGAAAAUGAAAACAAGACGACGAUCAACAAGAUGGAUUAUGACAAAUCUGCUGCUGAUGACAAGUCGACUAUGAGUCAUGGCAAUAGUAGCAGCGUUAAUAGAGUUGGAGCUGGAUUAGGAAUGAGUCCAGCAGCAUUGUCUCUCCACAGGAACAUGUACCCGUUAACUUCAUUCCUGUCUGGUCAACUUGUGAACAACUACAAUGGCAGCGUUGACCCUUUGGCUGACCCUCUACUUUGGACAUCCCUGGUUCCUGUUCUUCCUUCUGGAAUGUCCAGAAACCCUGAGGUUACAAAGUCUGAAGCAAGCUCAACCUAUACGUUGUUCCAGCCAGAGGACUGAUCAUACUGCCACAUCUUAUAGUAAUCUGGCCUAUGAAAAUUGCCGUGAUUAGCACAAUAGCACUAACCUCAGUUUCUAACUGAACCCUUUCUUUAUAUCUUGAUUCUUGACAGUAAUGUCAAAUGUGUAGUAUAUAAAGUUAAGAGCCUUCUCUGUGUUCUUCUGUUUGGAUUAGACAAAAUUUUCAGUCCUUGAACUAUUUACUGUAAAAUGGUUCUAAGUAAUGGUUAGUUAUGAUAGAAACAUCUUUGAAUCCCUCAAUCCAAAUUGUUGGUAAUUUUGAUAUAGGUUUGAAAUUUCUUCCUCGCUUUAUUUGGGGAAACACGGAAAGCCCAAUGCCAAGCCCAUAUUUUGGCCUAA